AUGCUGGCUGGCCGCGCCAGUACGCAUGUUUCUUGUGCUCGCUCGUCGGGCACUUUACGCCUUUCCGAUGCCGUUUGUCUCACUGACUCGUUAAACAACUUCAUUCUUCAACUUGAUGCGGAUCCUCCAACCUCAGCACCAUACGGUUAUUUCGCCAGUAUAGCCCCCCGCUUUUUAGCCUGGUCUGCAUUGAUCAUGGUUCUGGAUAGUUAUGCAUGCCCAGAGACACUGCAAGCUGGUAUGGGCAUUUCCGCAGGAAAGGAAGCUCAAAAUGGAGACGAAGCAGAGAUGCAAGUUCUUGCAGUACAACAACUACGAGAUGUGAGCGAACAGACAAAUCAGUUCACGAACGAGCUAUUGAAAUUUAUUACCUCAGUCCCAGACCCAACCGAACAGCUUGAUCAAACGCUAUUUAUUGUGUGA